AUGCCUUACGGAAUGACGAGAAUUUCGCAUGUUCCAGUGCGACAACAGAGAAACCGCCUGCUCGCCGCUUAUCAUUCGACAUCACCCAAUACUGGGCACCCGUUUCCGAUGAAUCAAGUGCAGCGCUUUCCCCUCUUUCAUCCGUUUUCUCGACGUCUUCAUCUGCUGGUGCUAUGUAUGAUUGGUCUAUUCAACUCUACGUACAUGAAUGUGAAUUUGGCGAUUACAAUGACAUGUAUGGUGAAUUCAACGGCUGUCUCAAUGGAGACCGAAGAUAUGACUGAAAUUAUGGAGAAUAUUACCAUGUGGAGUGAUGAUAUCGACUCUUCCACUACAGUUUGCUCGUCGAGCGGAAAUGGCCGUAAAGUGCUCGACUACGGGGGUUCUUUGGUAUGGAAUCAUCAUGUGCAGAAUCUGUUGUUCUCGGCUUCGUUUUGGGGAGCCAUCGCCACCAUUUUACCCUCGAUUUUCUUGGUUCAGCGAAUGAACAAAAGACUCGUCUUUAUGCUUUGUGUUUUGAAUAAGGUAAGCAGUUUCUUGGUACUACUUCCCUAUUCAAAAAUUCUUCAUUAUCUUAAUCAACGUUUCUGUUUGCUAUGGACUUCUGGCCUUCCUCAGUGUUUUUCUGUUCUGCACAAGAGAUGGCUCCCUAUGGAUUUUCCACUAUAUCAGGACGAGAAAAAUGCUGUUCACACGGCUUGUCCAAAGUUCUUUCGCAGUAGUGAUUUUCGACAACUAUUCCGCCAAAGAACUGCGAUCGUAGUCCCUUAUCAGUUGGUUAUUUACGUGAAAUGGGAUGGUAUAAGGACUGCUGCUUCUGCUGUUCUGUCGCACAUCGUCACACGGUGA